AUGCACCAGGCCUCCAGCUACCCACACCCGGCCUUCAGCUCCCCACACCCGGCCUUCAGCUCCCCACACCCGGCCUCCAGCUCCCCACACCCGGCCUCCAGCUCCCCACACCCGGCCUUCAGCUCCCCACACCCGGCUUCCAGCUCCCCACAACCGGCCUCCAGCUCCCCACACCCGGCCUACAGCUCCCCACACCCGGCCUCCAGCUCCCCACACCCGGCCUUCAGCUCCCCACACCCGGCCUCCAGCUCCCCACACCCGGCCUCCAGCUCCCCAAACCCGGCCAUCAGCUCCCCACACCAGGCCUCCAGUUCCCCACACCAGGCCUCCAGCUCCCCACACCCGGCCUCCAGUUCCCCACACCCGGCCUUCAGCUCCCCACACCCGGCCUCCAGCUCCCCACACCCGGCCUCCAGCUCCCCACACCCGGCCAUCAGCUCCCCACACCAGGCCUCCAGUUCCCCACACCCGGCCUCCAGCUCCCCACACCCGGCCUCCAGCUCCCCACACCCGACCUCCAGCUCCCCACACCCGGCCUCCAGCUCCCCACACCCAGCCUCCAGCUCCCCACACCAGGCCUCCAGUGUGCCUUCCCAGUCUGGUACGUCCUGUGCCAGCUCCCCACACCCGGCCUCCAGCUCCCCACACCCGGUCUUCAGUGCGCCUCCCCAGUCCCCCUCCUAG